UUGUCUCUCUACUGGGAUGAAGAGCGAAAAGAGAGCCUCUGUUUUUCUGUUCUUCUUGGUCCAUUUCUUCUUGGUAUCUGUGCUAUUGGCAAGGCAAUUAGACUUUGCACCUUAUUUUUUCGAUAAUGGACCUAGCAGUUCAAAUGGCAACAUGGCUUUGUUCAGCAUCUCGGAGGAUACACCAAUUGGAACGCAUGUAUAUGUUCUGAAUGGUACAGACCCAGAAGGGGAUGAAGUACAAUAUGAGCUGGAUUUUGAAAAGGGCUCUACAGAAUACUUCAAAGUGGACCCUAAGUCAGGAUAUGUGACCCUAAUCGAGGAACUAGAUAGAGAGAAACAAGAUGAACUUUCAGUGUUUGUCGGUAUAACUGAUGGUCGGAAUAAGGUUAUUGAGACAAUAAGGGUGUUUGUCACUGACUCCAAUGAUGAGCAACCAGAGUUCCAAAACCUGCCUUUUGUCAUUGCCAUCCCAGAGGACACUCUCCCUGGAAGUAGCAUAUACAAAGUGCAGGCAGUGGAUAAGGACAUGGGUUCAGGAGGCAGUGUGUCCUACUACUUACAGAGUUCGCCCACCACCAAGUUCACCAUUGACGGCCACAGUGGAGUCCUUCGAAUCAAACCCGGAGAGACCCUGGACUAUGAGACCACAACAACACACUUUAUGACUGUGGUCGCCAAGGAUGGGGGUGGGAAGUUAAAAGACAAGCACCAGGUGAUGACUUCCACAGCCACCAUCACCAUCAACGUGAUUGAUGCCCAAGAUACAUCGCCGACUUUUAUUGGCACCCCGUACUUUGGAUAUGUCUAUGAAGUCUCUGUUCCGGGCACUGAGAUAUUCAUUGUGUAUGCUAAAGAUGGAGAUCAAGGCAAUCCUAGACCUAUUCAUUAUUCCAUUGUUAAUGGUACUGAUGGUGUGUUUGCUGUGAAUGACACCAGUGGCUGCAUAACUCUUCUUGCUUAUCCAGUCCAGUUGACAAAUGAACUGUAUGAAAUCAAAAUCAAGGCCUCGGAGUUGGGACCAAACAAUGAGCUGUUGGAACACACCAUCACUGUGGUGACAGUUCGAAUGGUGGACCUAAACAACCACCCUCCGACCUUCUACGGGGAGAAUGGGGCACAGAACAAGUUUGAGGUCACCAUGUAUGAACAUCCCCCAUCUGGAGAGAUCCUAAGGGGCUUGAAGAUCAUAGUCAAUGACUCGGAUCAGGGAGCUAAUGCGAAGUUCAAACUGAGGCUGGUGGGCCCAGGCAGAGUACUGAGAGUGGUUCCUCAGACAGUGCUAAAUGAAGCGCAAGUCACCAUCAUAGUGGAAGACUCUGCUGCCAUUGACUAUGAAAAAGGCUCAAUCCUAACUUUCAAGCUACUAGCGGUUGAGAUCGACACACCAGAGAGGUUCAGUGCAACAGCUGACAUUGUGAUCAACCUUCUAGACACAAAUGACAACAUCCCUAAAUUCAUAUCCGAGUAUUACAUUGCCAGGAUCCCUGAAAACUCCCCUGGGGGCUCCAAUGUUGUGUCUGUGACGGCAUCAGAUCCAGACUCAGGCCUUUGGGGGGAAGUCAAAUACUCAAUUCAUGGAUCAGGAUCUGAUUUGUUCCUGAUUCACCCAUCAUCAGGAAUCAUAUACACACAGGCUUGGGCUGCUUUGGAUGCAGAGGUCAAGUCAAAAUAUAACUUUUAUGUAAAGGCAGAGGAUAUUGAGGGGAAAUAUAGCUUGGCCGAAGUCUUUGUCACUGUCCUAGACCUCAAUGACCAUUACCCAGAGUUUGAUGAUAACUUCCUGGAAAAGACCAUGAUCAUUGGUGCACCUGUCAAAAUAGAGGCUGUGGAUGAUGAUGCAGAGUCACCUAACAAUGUCAUAGAGUACUCCAUUAUGAAAGCAGACCCAGACAACAUAUUCGACAUAAACUCAGAAACAGGCGAGAUCAAGCUCAAGCCAUAUAUCAAGUCCAUGGAGAUUGUCCAGAACAUCACCAAGCAGAAGGAUUGCAAAUGGUCUCUCUUGGUCCAGGCCAGAGAUGGAGGAUCUCCGUCUUUCAGCACAACAACUGUGGUGAACAUUGACAUCACUGAGGCCACUCAACUCAAGGGGCCUAUGGCAGCCUUUUUAAUGCAAAGUAGGGACAAUCCAAUGAAAGCCCUAGGCAUGGUCACAGGUAUCAUUAGCAUAUUGGUAGGGCUGACUGUUUUCAUCUCCACGGCUAUGUUCAUGCGCAACACAAAGUUGAACAGGAUCAUGCCUGAACGGCGUAUCAUCAGAAGGAGACCACAAAACCACCAGCCAUGGACUUUCAGAAUGCCAUUCCUCGGCAGCAGUAACCGAUCUGAAAAAUUCCUUACCAACGAUCUGGAGAAAAACUCCAACCAGAACAUCAACAAUUCAUGUUCACGACCUCUACCCCCCAGGGCCCCCUGCCUGCCCCCUCCCACCAUCAACAAUGCCAGGCCCAGCGAGAGGCCCAAGGCAGUGCCCACAGUUUCUGGAACUGUUUCAUCAAAGGGCUCCAAGAAAUCAAGCCACAGCAAGGAGAACAAUGUCAGCUCAGCCCUGGUCUCAGAGCUCAAGAUGAGACUGGAGCAGAAAAUUAUUGAAAGCAACCAAGGCUAUCAUUAA